AGUUUUGCUUAACAAUAAAAAUCAAGUCAAAUUAUAUCAUUAAAUAAAAUGCAGUUAAUUUUAGAACACUAAUAUGUUUACUAAAUAAAAUUUGAAUGUUUACAAAAUACAUAUUUGAAAACGCCAAACAACGUUCUCACUUUGGAGCACCAUUUUCCAAUAUAUACGGUGAAAAAACAAUCACCAAAAUGGAGCAACUAUCGGGUGUUAUGAUUAUAAUUAUAAUUGGUGGUGGAGUAUUAACAUUUGUUAUGCUAUUCAUAUUUGCCAAAAGACAAAUUAUGCGUUUUACUUUGAGAAGUCGCCGAGGACCACAUGUACCAGUUGGUACUGAUGCAAAAAAAGCACUGAGGCGUGAAAUAGAGCGUCGCUUAGAUUGUAUACCAAAAAUAACACAAGAACCAAAAUUAUUGUGGGAUGACGACAAAUACAUUUUACAACCCGAUAAGCCACUACCACCCUACUAUUAUCGUAUGCAGGCUGUGGAUGAUGUUAAAUCUUUAGAAAAAGAAAUACAUAAAAGCGAUGGAAGUAUACGGCAUGCCUAUGAUAGCUUGCGUGCAUUUUUACUAACAACAUUAUCGGCCACACUGAAUGGCUCCGGUCAACGUAUGAUACACCAAUUUUGUGAUAUGUACGAACAUGCAAGACAUGAUCCAAAUGAAUUUGGAAGCGAAGAAUAUGAUUCAUAUCAUCGCCUAUUAUUAAAAUUAAUUGAUGCUGCAAAACAACUUAAAAAUUUAGCUAAUUCACGUAAAACAUCACCUGCACGUACACCAAAAAAACAAACUAAAAUGCAUUCAUUAUUGGAUCCAGCGAGACUAAGACCACCACCUUUAACUAAUUCUUCCAAUAGCGGUGUUAAUAUACCACCCAGUAGUGAUCUUACCGCCGGACAGCAUUCCAAAGUCAAUUUAACAUUAGGCCUACAUGGUUGCGAUGACGCUCCAGAAGUAACGCCAAGCUCUUUACAUUUACAACCAACAACUGAACGUGAUAUUAUAAUACGUAAUCGUAUAAAAACACCCACACUAGAAGAUAAAGAUGAAGAUAUAACUAGCGCAGAUCCAGAUGAUAAUGAAAUUCGAAGCAUAUCAUCAUUGCAUCAAUUCCAAGGUAGUGCAAGUGUUGUUUGAUUGUAUAUGCACGCGAGGCACUUGAUCAAGGAUAUAAAAGCAACUAAACAGUUUUCCCUUAAAUAAAAAUUGUAAUAUUUAAUAAAAAGUAUACUUCCUCCGCGGGUAAUAAGUUAUAAAUAUUGACGAAAUAUUCAAUUAGUUAAACAUAAUGUACCAAUAAGAUAAAUUGCAAUUUUAAUUUAAUAAAAUAAACGAAAAAC